UCGGCGUCUUCGCAACUCUCCACCAGCGAGCCCCGAUACGACCAGCUCUCCCGCCGGCGCCGCCGCGGGCCGCGGGCCAUGUACAAGCUCGGCGGCCGUGGCGGUGGGCGCGGCGGCGGUGGCGGCGCGUCAAAGCGCCCGCCGGCCCCCCACGGCCGCGGCCGGGGCGGCACCUCCUCCAUCAGCGGGAUGGGUGCUCCUCCCCGCGGUCGCGCCGCCGCCGCCUCCGCUGCCGCCGCGCAGCCCGCGGGGCGUGACGAGGGGUUCCGCCUGGAGUCCAACGGGCCGCCCGCCUUCUCUGCUAUAAUACGGCUUACCCCCGACCUCAUCGACGAGAUCCGGCGGGCGGAGGAGGCUGGUGGCGGCGCCCGCAUCAAGUUCAACCCUAACAUGUACAACUCGUCGGAGAACGUAAUAGAUGUUAAUGGUAAAGAAUUCAAAUUCACAUGGGCAUCUGAACGUGGCGAAUUGUGUGAUAUUUAUGAGGAACGCCAGAGUGGAGAGGAUGGAAAUGGGUUGCUUCUAGAGUGUGGCUCUGCUUGGCGCAAGGUGAAUGUGCAACGCAUUUUGGAUGAGUCAGCAAAGAACCUUGUGAAAAUGCGCUCUGAGGAGGCUGAACGUCUCUCGAAAUCUCGAAAAUCAAUCGUGCUGGACCCAGCUAAUCCAUCUGUCAAGAGUCAGGCCAAGUCAAUGGCUGCUGCAGCUGUAGAAGGUAGUAUGCGGAGGAUGCACUGGAAGCAGAAGAAUGAAUUUUUUAAAAAGAAUAAAGCUGCUGUUAUCGCCCCGACCAAAUCAGUUUCCAAAGUGAAGUUAUCUAACAAUAUUCCCAAAGGAAAUUUCUCAACUUCUCCUGCACCUUCUCCUGAACAACCUGGAGCGAGUAUUCCUUCAUUUCCUAUUGGAUCAGAUGCAAAUAAUGAAGUUGUAACACCUUUUGAUUUGAAUAAAGAGAACAAUAAAACUGAGAAAGCAACACCAAGUAAGAUGUCUAAAGGAAUUAAUCGCCGAGCAAGUGCUCAUUCUGCAAGUGUUGAUGACAAUACAAAUGAAGUUCGGAGCCUCUUGAUAUCUGUACUCUCAGAAAAUCCAAAAGGAAUGAGCCUAAAGGCUUUGGAGAAAGCUGUUGCAGAUGUAUUUCCUAACGCAUCGAAGAAAAUAGAGAGCAUCAUCAAGAAUAUUGCUAAUUACCAAGCACCUGCGAGGUAUGUGCUAAAACCAGGGUUGGAGGUAGAAAACUCUAGAAGGCAUGCAUCUGAAGAGGGAAGCAGAUCCAUCAAUGAGAAUGUUGAUGAAUUUCCUCCAAGCUUAAAGAUUGACGAUCCUGAUAUAUUUGAGAGUAUUGAUGUUGUGGGCUCCCCAGUUGCUACUGCAGGAGAUGGAAAGGUCAAUAAUGGCAGUGAAGAUAAGGCAGGAACUUCUAGUGAGAGUGCAAGCGAUAGCGAUAGUGACAGUGACAGCAGUGACAGUGGAAGUGAUAGUGGGAGCCAAAGCAGAAGUGCUGCAGAAAGUGGCAGCGGGAGCAGCAGCGACAGUGAUAGUGAUGAUUCAUCGAGCAGCAAGGAAGGCUCUGAUGCAUUUGUGGAUAUUACAAGUGAUGACGACAAAGCAAAUACAGCACAAACAAAAGUUGCCGAUGAUCUUAAUUUGUCAUCAUCGCCAAGAGAUUUGACAAGACUUGAUGUCGAUGAUGAACAGAUCGACAUUGGAACAAAUAUGGAUUAUACGACUACAUCACCGCAUAUUGAUUUGAACAAUUUUAAUUCUAAUAAUGAUGGUGCUGAAUCUGAUGGCUUGGCUGCAAGCAACCUGAAGAAGCCGUCUGAAAUUCCAGGGAGCAAGAACAUGCCAAGCAACAGAAUGGAACCUAGCCGAGUUGAUAGAAAGUAUAAUGAAAUGUCUUAUCAAGAAGACCUUUUUGAUGACUCCUUGCAAACAACUAGUGAGAUACCCAAUGAAGAAGCUGGUCAAUUCACAAAGCAGCAUCCUAACAGGAGAAAAUCAACAUCAAAGGACGGAUCAAACCAGACCCCGAUGAGUAUUGGGGACAAAAGUGCCAAACCCAAAUUGAGAAGGUCUUCCGGUAAUGAGAACUCCACAAUAGAGCUUCAAAGUGGCAAAAAGGUCAAGGUUGACGCAGCAUCUCCAGGCAUUACAGCUUCUUUCUCAGAGCACAAAAAAAACUUACUGCCUGAAAAGCAUACGAAUGAUAGGUUGAACAAGGAGACAGGGAGUGUUAGGCGCAUUGCUUCACGAGAUAGCAGUCCUGCCAUGAAAGGAAGACCUUUGGCUUCUGGAAACAUACAAAAGAUAGAUCAGAGCCCAAAUGUACCUAUCCCAGCAAUGCACUCUGAGAGACCAAAAGAAAAUAUUGAGAAAUCAAGUCUGAAGAAAAAAGCAGAUAAGAUGCAGAAACCAUGGCAUGGUACCGAUGUUGACUUUGGGACACAUGGUGAAGGCCAACAUGCCAAUUUUGAUGGCUUGGAUGAUUCUUCAACAAGAAAAAGGAGUAGACAUGGGGAUUCUCUUAUUGAUGAUAAAAUGCUCAAGCGUUCAAAGGAUGCUAAUGUUAAUAUAAAUUCCAUGAAUUUAACCAAUACUUCCAGUGGAAAUGUUGGGCCUGAUGAGAUCACUACUUUUCCUGAACCCAAUGAAAGUAAUGGUGAGCUAUCAACUUCGCAAAGAGAUAAUUUUGAGAGGUCACCUAAUGGUAAGAAAAAGCUCCAGAGAGAGCUUUCAGAUCUCGAAUUGGGUGAACUUCGCGAGUCUUCUUUGGAAAAUGACAAUGGGAGGACAAGGAAGCAAUUUGAGAGAAAUAGUUCUUCCAAGUCACUUGAUGGUAAAUUAACUGACAUAAAUAACUCCUACUCCAGUAUGAAUAACAGGAAGGCUCAUAUAACCGGGUUUCAUGAUAAGGGGAAACCAUCACCUCAAGAAUAUGGUACUGGAGGUCAUAUAAACCAGGAAGCCUUUCCCAGGAAGGCAGCAGGAUAUGAUUUUGAUGAUAAUAGGCCUCUGCAAAGAGGGUAUGUUCCUGAGAAUCAGCAUUUUCCAAGGACUGAUCAUUCAGAUUCUGAGAACAUAUCAUAUAGGUCAGGUGAAAAAACUAGCAAAAAGGAGUCAAGGAUGGCACAAGGUGGAACGCUAGAGUACCCAGAAAUGAAGAAGAAAACAACCUCACGGCUUCCACAGAAUGGUAUUCCACAGAAUGGUAUUAAUAAUGCCAUAGUGCCUCAGACACAGAAAUCAAUUUCCCCAUCAGAUAAUGAGGAAAGAAGUAGGAACAACUCUUUGAUUGAGACUGAGACAGGUAGGAAGAUAGACAGUUCUUCAGAUGAUGACAACUUAUUUUUCUCCAAGUAUGAUAAAGAUGAGCCAGAACUGAAGGCUCCAAUAAAAGAUUUCUCACAAUACAAAGAUUAUGUGCAGGAGUACAAUGAGAAGUAUGAGGCUUAUUCAUACUUGAACAGUCAGAUUGAGAAAACUAAGUCUGAAUUCUUAAAGGUUCAAGAGGAUCUCAAUGUUGCUAAAGAAAGAGACAAGGAACAAUAUUAUAAUAUUGUAGAAAGACUCAGAGACAUGUACCGUGAAUCAGGAGCAAGGCAUAAAUUGAUGAAGAAGGUCUUCGUACUGCUUCAUGAGGAGCUGCAGACUAUAAAGCAAAGAAUUAGAGACUUUACAGAGGCCUAUUCAAAUGAGUAACUGCUCUGCACUCAAAACAUGGUGUUUGGAACCGCUUUACAGAGGCUGUCCCUCAUUGUGAAGUCUGAAAAUGUCGGGACACUGACAUUGGGCUUGCCUUUGUAGAAUCUAGCUUGGCUUGGACAUACACCAAAUGCACUUACCUGUGACAGAACCUCAGUGAAUUCGUGAUUCUCGGGAUGACCAUGCUGAGUUCCACAGUAAUCACGGCGGAAGUGGAGGCCAAGGCAGCUCGAAGACCAAUGAUCACUGAUGGGCACCUCCACAUGAUGUGAGCCCCCCGAGCCAAUGAUCCGAUAACUUAUGGAAUGGAGAUUUAAUGUCCGAGGUGGCAUUACAACAUCAGUUUUGCAGCUAGUUUGGCAAUGUGACUGGGCGGUUCUCUUUGUAGAUGUUUUUUUUUAAAAUUUUUUUACCCCUGGCGUUGUACAUUGUUUUUUUAUUUUUGUGAUCCAUGUCAAACUGAAGUCAAUCACUAACUCUGUACAUAUGUGUAGACCCAAUAGAGAAGUUUUGAAGGAGGGAAAGAAAAAAUAUGGGAACAUGUUGUUAGCACAAAUGUUUACUCUUCAAUUUCCGUGUGGAUGCAA